AUGGCCGAUAUUGUUGAUAAUUUGGAAUCGGCGAAUUUCAAAUCGUCGCUCCCACCAAGAAAAAGGGCUAAGACCAAAGAAGAGAAGGAACAGCGUCGAGUGGAGCGUAUUCUCAGGAAUAGAAGAGCGGCCCAUGCUUCGCGAGAAAAGAAGAGAAAGCAUGUUGAAUACUUGGAGAGCUACGUGUUGAAGUUAGAAGACAACUUAUCUAAGUUGCAGAGCAAUUUCGAUAAUGUAUGUGGACAAAUUUCGUCGAAACAGCUUGCUAAGAUAGACAUGAAGGAGAUGGACGAUUUGCAAGAAUUGAAAGACAAGAUCCAUAGUAACCUCAACGGGUCGCUUUUGGCCAACGAGGGGGGAGACGACAAUCUUGACGAGGAAUCGACUCCACCAACCGAGCAGCCAGAUUCUAAGAAGAGAAAACUUUCUUCUACCAAUAGCUGUAGUUCGUUAACUACCGACCUGACCGAACCGGUCGAAUACGAACAAGUGUCGUCCGACAAGGUGAAUCAGAUACCACACAUUAAGAUGGAACCCAACGGUGAUUCUAACGAAUUGCUAUCAAUAACAAACGAAAAUGUUUACUAUAACUAUUUGUCUCCGAUUUCCAUCAAUUCGCCAAUCAAUUCUCCUAUUGAUUUGACAUUGAAGAAAUCGAGUGAUAACUUACCACCAUUAUCAUUAUCCAAUGACGACAAUGAGAUUGAUUCUUUAAAAGUGUACGAUCCUUUGGGGCAAAAUUCAGAAGAGAUUUUGUUGCCAAAGAGUUAUGAUGAUCAAUGA